GCUCUUGGAGGCUUCUUUGAGCCCCCACUUUGAGCUAGACGUGAAGAGGACCCCCGGGCUGGCGCAUGGCUGCAGCCCUGGACGCUCAGCCCCUGGCAGUUGAGGAGUGCCUAAUAAUGAAGGUGGAAAAGGACCCCGAGUGGACAUCGGAGCCCAUUUUGGAAGGAUCGGCUGGUACUGAGUGUGAGACCUUUCGCAAAUGCUUCAGGCAAUUCUCUUAUGAGGAGGUGACCGGACCCCAUGAAGCGUUCAGUAAACUCUGGGAACUUUGCUGCCGGUGGUUGAAGCCAGAAAUGCGUUCCAAGGAGCAGAUCCUUGAGCUGCUGGUGAUCGAGCAGUUUCUCACCAUUUUACCUGAGAAGAUUCAGGCUUGGGCACAGAAGCAGUGUCCAGAGAGCGGAGAGGAGGCGGUAGCCUUGGUAGUCCAUUUGGAGAAAGAGACCGGAAGCCUGAGAGAGCAGGUCAGCAGUCCUGUACACUCAGAGAAGCAGGUCCCACUUGCAGCCUUAUGGGAGGUGGCAGACUUACGAAAUCCAGAGCAGGUGGAGACCCAUCCCAGGGUAGUGUCUCUGGAGGAAGCUGGAAGCCUCCACUCAGGACACCAGGAACAGCUGAACCGAAAGAGAGAGCAUCAGCCUUUACCCAAGAAUGCUCGGUCUUCUCCCUGGGUUCCUGCCCCUGCUGGUGAAUGGAACACCAUAGAUCAGGGGGUGACAAUCACACGUCUUCCUGCUGGGUCCCAGGAACCAGUGAAAGAUGUUCACACAACAAGAGGUUUUUCCUAUAAAAAGAGUAUGCAUCAGAUUCCUGUUCACACAGACCUCUACAGGGAUAUGAGGAAGAAGGGUGUUGGGAACAUGGUCUCCCUGGGAGAUACAGUGUCUACAUCUAACAAGAUAGCCCGGUUGGAACAAAGAAAGGAGCCAUGGACUAUAGGUCUACAUUCCUCAAAUAAGAGGAAUAUCCUACGAAGCAACUACAUCAAGGAAAAGGCAGUUCAUGUUAUUCAGAUUCCUGCAAGGAAUGCAGGGAAAACAUGGCGAGAACAGCAACAGUGGGGUUUAGAAGAUGAAAAAAUAGCAGGUGUGCACUGGAGCUAUGAAGAAACUAAGACUUUUCUUGCAAUCCUCAAGGAGUCUCGCUUUUAUGAAACACUCCAGGCAUGUCCCCGAAAUAGCCAGGUAUAUGGUGCUGUGGCUGAAUGGUUGCGAGAAUGUGGCUUCCUCCGAACACCAGAACAGUGUCGGACCAAGUUCAAAAGUCUUCAGAAAAGCUAUCGAAAAGUGAGAAAUGGCCAUGUGCUAGAACCCUGUGCCUUCUUUGAGGACAUGGAUGCCUUGUUGAACCCUGCAGCCCAUGCUUCAUCCACUGACAAGCCAAAGGAGAUGACCUGUCUCCCCAGACUAAAUAAAAUUGGUAUCAGUGCUAAAGAACAGAUUAGUUUGGUGGAGGAGGAAGAAGCUGCUGAAGAGUCUGAUGGUGAUGAAGUGGGCAUUGAAUUUAUUCGCAAGUCUGAAAUCCGUGGUGCCCCGGUCUUGUUUCAAAAUCUGAGUGGUGUCCAUUGGGGCUAUGAAGAAACCAAGACGUUUCUUGAUAUUCUUCAUGAGACUCGGUUUUAUGAAGCACUUCAAGCCUGUCAUAGGAAGAGCAAAUUGUACGGGGCUGUGGCUGAACAACUUCGAGAGUGUGGCUUCCUCCGGACUCCAGAACAGUGCCGAACCAAGUUCAAAAGCCUUCAGAAGAGUUACCGCAAAGUAAAGAAUGGCCAUGUGCUAGAGACCUGCACAUUUUACAAGGAGAUGGAUGCCCUAAUUAACUCUAGAGGAUCUGCCCCUUCCACCAACACUCCAGAGGAAAUAUCACCACCCCCAAGGCAAGAAAGAAGACAUAUUGAGGUUGAACCCCAGGAACUUACAGGCUGGGAACCUGAGGAGAGUUUGCAGGAGGCAGUAAUAGAAGAUUCUGGCAGUGAGAGAAUAAGUGAGGAGGAAAUUGUACAAGAGCCAGAGUUCCAAGGCCCUCCAGGUCUGCUGCAGGGUCCAAAUGAUUUUGAAAUUGGAAGUAAUAUUAAGGAGGACACAACACAAGUAAUAUAUAAAGACACAGAACCACAUAGAGUAUUACUAGGAAGGCCCAGAAGAGUUGUUUCCCAGAAUAUUGAUCCCAGUAAAUAUUGCAAAAAAGAAUACAUCUCAGGAAGACAAUGGGAAAACCUUCAAGGAAUUAGACAAGGAAAAUUGAUGUGUCAGCCUAGAGAUUUAGGGAGAGCUAUUAUGCAUCAGAGACCUUUCAUGGGGAAGAGACCCUACAGACUUCUCAAGUAUGGAGAAAGCUUUGGAAAGAGUUCCCGUCUUAUGUGCCGGAUGACCCACCAGAAGGAGAAUCCUUUUAAGUGUAGUGUCUGCGGGAAGUGCUUUGGUAGAAGCAGGAGCCUAAUCAGACACCAAAGAAUCCACACAGGGGAAAAGCCUUUCAAAUGCCUUGACUGUGGGAAAAGCUUUAAUGACUCUUCAAAUUUUGGAGCCCACCAGAGAAUCCACACAGGAGAGAAGCCGUACAGAUGUGGAGAAUGUGGGAAAUGCUUCAGUCAGAGCUCUAGUCUUAUCAUCCAUCAGAGAACCCACACUGGAGAGAAGCCCUAUCAGUGUGGAGAGUGUGGGAAAAGCUUCACCAAUAGUUCUCAUUUCAGUGCCCACCGCAGAGUACACACUGGAGAGAAUCCCUACAAAUGUGGAGACUGUGAGAAGAGUUUCAAUAACUGCACAAGAUUUCGAGAGCACCGGCGAAUGCAUACUGGAGAGAAACCCUAUGGUUGUGCCCAGUGUGGCAAACGCUUCAGUAAGAGUUCUGUCCUCACCAAACAUCGGGAAGUUCAUGUGAAAGAAAAGCUUUUCCCACACCCUACUUCUAUGUAUUCCCCAGAGAAUUUACUUAAGGGGAAGAGUGAUGAGUUCAGGAAAACUUGUUGAUGAUAAGCUCUUCUCUUCCUACACACCCCUCCAGCCACCUAACCCU